AUGAGUACGGCAUCGCAAUGCUCGACGUUGACCAGGACGGAGACCUUGACUGCUUGACCGCGAGGCGAACGGAAUUCGACAAAGACGCGCCCAGCGCCACGUACGUGUGGCAACUGAAAGGCCUUAAUGGCAAAGAAAAAAGGGAGAUCACAUUUCAUUUCAAGCCGGGACCCACGCCCGAUCAGGCCAUAUUCACACUGGAUGACACUGACGGAACGGAGCACCUUCUGAAGACGCUCUACACAGAUUACCAUGCAUGCGCUCUCUUGCAACUCCCAUACGCAGGAAGAGAAGAGUGCAUGCUGUGGGUUACCGAAGAAUCCAAGAGCAACGUUCCUGAGACAUGCGUUGACCAAUUUCGACAGCACUGCGGAGUCGAAGUGGUGGCAUAUGACGAAGACACCUGCAGUCAAUUGGAGGAUAAUCGCUAAGUGUUCUUUAGGAAAAACUGAUUCUAACACUCCUAAUCAGGAGUAUGUUUCAGCGCAUAACCUCUGCUUUACAGGAGCAGUGGCACAAAGUUUGUAUAAUGUCAGAGUUUUGUUUCCAAUAAAAGCUCAGGUGUCGAGAACACUAAAGAGAG